AUGACGGACAAGGCAGAGCUCAUCCAUCCCUUUCCCCAACGUGAGGCAGAGAACUCGGCGCUCGCCCAGGCCAAUGAGAACCAGCGGGAGACUUACGAGCGCUGUCUGGACGAGGUGGCCAACCACGUGGUGCAGGCACUGCUGAACCAGAAGGACCUGCGGGAGGAGUGUAUCAAGCUGAAGAAGAGGGUGUUCGACCUGGAGCGACAGAACCAGAUGCUGAGCUCACUCCUGCAGCAGAAGCUGCAGCUCACAGCCAGCUCCCUCCCUCAGAUCCCGCUCACCCCACUCCAGACACCAUCGGAACCACCACCAGCCUCCCCGUCCCUGAACGCUGCUGAGGAACCAGCCACCUCGCUGCCUUUAGGACACAGUGCUGGGCAGAGAGAGGUGUGUUGGGAACAGCAGUUGCGGCCAGGAGACCCAGGCCCCCCAGCCACUCCACCCCCAGUGCUGGAUGCUCUGUCCCCAUUUCUGCGGAAGAAAGCUCAGAUUUUAGAGGUGCUGCGAGCUUUGGAGGAGACUGACCCUUUGCUCCUAUGCUCACCUGCCACCCCCUGGCGGCCCCCAGGCCAGGGCCCCAGCUCCCCAGAGCCCAUCAAUGGUGAGCUCUGUGGCCCACCCCAGCCUGAGCCCUCACCCUGGGCACCCUAUCUGCUGCUCGGCCCUGGGAGCCUCGGGGCACUGCUGCACUGGGAGCGACUCUUGGGGGGCUCCGGGGAAGAAGGAGGCAUCCUGCAACCCUGGGCCCCCAGCAGGGCACCCCCACCAGCCCAGGGCCCCAGCUCUAGCCCACACUGCGCUCCAGGCAGUAGCUCCUCCUCCUCUUCCGACGAAGCAGGUGACCCCAAUGAGGCACCCAGCCCCGACAGCCUGCUAGGUGCCCUGGCCCACAAGCAGGUGAACCUGGGCCGACUCCUCGAAGACACGGAGACUUAUCUCCAGGCUUUCCUGGCUGGGGCUGCAGGCCCUCUCAAUGGCGACCACCCAGGUGCUGGGAAGCCAUCCUCACCAGAUCCAGGACCCCCACAGCUGUCCAAGUCCAAAGGCCUCCCAAAGUCAGCUUGGGGUGGGGGUACCCCCGAGGCCAGCAGGCUGGGAUUUGGUGCUACCUCAGAGGGCCAGGGGCCCCUUCCCUUCCUCAGCAUGUUCAUGGGUGCAGGGGAUGCCCCCCCGCUGGGCCCCCGGCCUGGCCGUCCUCACUCUUCAUCUCAGGUGAAAAGCAAGCUCCAGCUUGGGCCCCCUUCUCCCGGGGAAGCCCAGGGACCCCUUCUUCCCUCUCCAGCCAGAGGUCUCAAGUUUCUCAAGCUGCCUCCAGCCUCAGAGAAGGUCCCCAGCCCAGGAGGCCCCCAACUCAGCCCCCACCUCCCCCGGAGUUCUCGAAUCCCCUGUCGCAACAGUGGCUCAGACGGCAGCCCCUCUCCGCUGCUGGCCCGCAGGGGUCUGGGUGGAGGAGAGCUGUCCCCAGAUGGGACACAGGGCCUGCCCAGCAGCCCUUCACCCUGCUCUGCCGUCCCAGACUCUGCGCAGCUCAGACCCUCCCAGUCGGCCGUGGCCACUACACUGUCCCCAGGGCCAGUAGCGGCUCCCUGCUUCGACAACGUCCUGGGUCUUUCCCGGAGCACCUUCAGCGCGUCAUCCCCAGAGCCUCCUCCAUCCCCACUGCAGGUGCCCCCCUACUCACAACUGACUCUGGAGGUACCCCAGGCCCCUGAGGUCCUCAGGAGCCCCGGGGCCCCUAGCCCUGACCUCUCAGAAUCCUGCCCCUACGGAAGCCCCCAGGACAAGAGUCUGGACAAGGCAGGCCCCGAGUCUCCCCAUCCCAGCCGCAGGACUCCAGGCGGCUCGUCCAAGAAGCCUGGCCAGGGAUCAGGGCGGCGACCUGGUGACCCUAGCCACACACCUCUGCGGGACAGAUUGGCAGCCCUUGGAAAACUGAAGACAGGCUCCGAGGGGCCUCUAGGUCCAGAAAAGAAUGGAGUGCCAGCCCGGCCUGGCACUGAGAAGGCCAGGGGACUAGGACGGUCAGGGGACAGUACUGGAGACACGCCUCCCACCGCGAGGCUUCUUGAACAGCCAGAAGCUAAGGGCGUCCUGAGGGGACCUGUGGCCUUAGGCACAAGCAGCCUGAAGCAGCAGGACCCAGGACCGACAGACCCCGGGGCCCGAGUCUACUCGUCCCACUCCAUGGGGGCUCGAGUGGACCUGGAGCCUAUCUCUCCAAGGAGCUGUCUCACCAAAGUGGAGCUGGCCAAGAGCCGGCUGGCAGGGGCUCUGUAUCCCCAGAUGCCCCGCACGCCUGUAAAAGUGCCAACCCCAGCCCCUAGCCUGAGCAAGCCCAAGAGCCCUCACGGCAGCCCCACAAAACUGCCCUCCAAGUCACCCACCAAGGUGGCACCCCGACCUGUAGCACCCUUGGUCACCAAGGAGCCCUCCAAGCCUGACAAAGGGAAGGGCCCACCUUGGGCAGAUUGUGAUAGCACACCUGGCCAGCCUACAUCCCCAGGACACGGCCCUGUCGAUCCAGGCCAGGGCUCAGAAGGGCCAGCCCCACACUCGGCCAUCGAGGAGAAGGUGAUGAAGGGCAUUGAGGAGAAUGUCUUGCGACUCCAAGGUCAGGAACGGACACCAGGCUCCGAAGCCAAGCACCGCAACACCAGCAGCAUUGCCAGCUGGUUUGGCCUUAAAAAGAGCAAGCUGCCGGCUCUGAACCGCCGCGCAGAGGCUGCCAAGAACAAGGAAGGGGCCGGCGGAGGCUCCCCGCUCCGGAAAGAAGUCAAGACGGAUGCCCGGAAGCUGGAGGCCGAGAGCCUCAACAUCUCCAAGCUGAUGGCAAAGGCAGAAGACCUGCGCCGGGCACUGGAGGAGGAGAAGGCCUACCUGAGCAGCAGGGCCCGGCCACGGCCGGGGGGCCCAGCCACAGUGCCCAGCUCAGGUCUGGGGCAGGUGCAAGGCCAGCUGGCCGGCAUGUACCAGGGUGCAGACACCUUCAUGCAACAGCUGCUGAACAGGGUGGAUGGCAAAGAGCUGCCCCCCAAGAGCUGGCGGGAGCCCAAGUCUGAAUAUGGGGAUUUCCAGCCAGUGUCUACUGACCCCAAGAGUCCCUGGCCUGCCUGUGGGCCCCGGAAUGGCCUGGUAGGCCCACUUCAGGGCUGCGGAAAACCUUCUGGAAAGCCCAGCAGUGAGCCAGGGAGGCGGGAAGAGAUGCCCUCAGAGGACAGCCUGGCCGAGCCAGUUUCUACCACACAUUUUACAGCCUGUGGCUCCUUGACUCGAACCUUGGACAGUGGCAUUGGGACCUUCCCACCCCCAGAUCACGGCAGCAGUGGAACCCCCAGCAAGAACCUCCCCAAGACCAAGUCACUGCGCCUGGAGCCCCCGCCCGGGGGACCCCCAGCUCGGCCUCCAGCCCUCACCAAAGUCCCUCGACGUGCCCACACCCUGGAGCGGGAGGUGCCAGGCAUUGAAGAGCUGCUGGUGAGUGGGCGGCACCCCAGCAUGCCGGUCUUUCCUGGACUGCUCGCUGCUCCUCCAGGCCACCGGAACCAUCAGACCUGUCCUGAUGAUCCCUGUGAAGACCCAGGCCCUCCCCCACCUGUCCAGCUGGCCAAGAACUGGACCUUCCCCAACACCAGAGCAGCUGGCAGCUCCAGUGACCCCUUCCUGUGCCCACCCCGACAACUGGAGGGACUGCCUAGGACCCCCAUGGCCCUGCCCGUGGACCGGAAGCAGAGCCUGGAGCCCAGCCGCACAUCUACGCCUCAGGGCCCAGCAUUUGGGGGCAGUCGUACCCCCAGCACGUCGGACAUGGGCGAGGAAGGCAGAGUGGCCAGUGGGGGAGCCCCCGGGCUGGAGACCUCAGAGUCUCUAAGUGACUCACUCUAUGACUCACUGUCAUCCUGUGGGAGUCAGGGCUGAGGGGCCGCACCCACUACAGUUCCUCUGGAGCUAGGGAGCCCAGACUGGGCCUGCUUUCAUGCUCCAUGCCUCGGAGCCAGUGAGGCUCGAUCUGAAGGGACCAAGGAGAAGAUGGAUAAGAAGGUGACAGGGGUCACUGGCAUACCCCACUGCUGCUGUGGAUGAGACACCCAUGCUCAGCUCAGGGAGAGACCUCACCCCUGGUCCCUUGACUCGUCCAGAGUCAGGCUCUUCUCUGAGGGACCGGGGGCCCCAGGCUGCUUUGUUCCAGCUCCUACCAGGCGGAGCCAUCUGUGGUGCUGGGCUUCCUGCCCGCCAUCUCUGCCCAACCUGGCUGCAACCCUGCCCCAGAGCCCCCAUGGGGCCAAUUUUGGAAGCCCCAGGCUUGUGGAGUUUGGGGGUGAGGGGGACAAGUUGCCUUCUCUUUCUGCCCUGGCCCUCCAGCUAUCUGAAUGGUGCUGCUUCCCUUCCCCACAUCUUUGGGGUCUGUUUGUCUGUCUUCAUCUUAGUUUUUAUAUAUAUAUAUAAUAUAUAUAUAUAUAUAAAAAUAAAAGCGUCUGGCCAGCCCCCAUGCCCGACCCGCACAGCGGUUAAUUUAUCUGUUGUUAAAAAGCGGCUGCUCUGCUUCCAGCCUCUGCUACGGUAUCCCUAAUAAAACGUGGAGGCCUCUCCCCACCAUG